CAUAUAACAUGUAUAUUAUUAAAUAAUUAUUGUACUGUGGUACGUUGAUUACUUAAUUUUAGUUUUAAUCGAUGCACAUUUCAUAUUGACUCGCCCCAUAGCUCGUAUUUAAACUCAUAAUAUUAGCAUGUGCACUGAGCCCUAUCCAUGGCUGAAUGCCCAGAGUGAUGUGAUUUUGGUGUAUUCAGUAACAUUUACAUGUAAAACGUCCAGUACAAUGGAUUGACUGAAGUCGAGAACAGAAAUCAAAUCGUAAUACUACAGGAAACAAGAUGACCCAGCUUAUAGGGCGUACAGGUGGUCGCAAAGUAUCAUGGAAUACAAUCUUGAUGCUGUGUAUCGUAGGUCUCCUAGUGUACAGACAUUUCAAAAUGGCUCACCAAAGCAGUUCCCUCGUUAAAAAGGGAAUCUCCAUAGAUAAUUUAAAAAAAACGAAAUUACCUGAUGAUGUUGAAGCCGCAGUCAUUGUUGAAGAUGAUGAACAUGAACGUGACAAGGUUGAAGAUGACCAUAAUAAUGUGAUAAGUGAUAACAACGUUGAUGACGUUCAAGAUCAUGAUACUAAUGAGGAUCCGAACAGAAAUGUCAGUGCCGAAAUGGCAAAAUCAGAAGGAACCUAUACAUUUGAGGAAAAGUCCUCAAUUAAAUGGCCAUCUGCUGUAAGUUGGCAAAGGACAAAUGACUCAAUAGAGAUCUAUAUACUCUCUGCGUUUUAUGAUGAUCGACCAACUUUGGGCAGUAAAGCAGCAGUGCAGGUUUUGAGUAUCACAGAAGAGCCGCAAGUUGGGGUCCCCGCAUUUGGAGACAUCUACUGCCACCUAUGGGGCAUUUCUGAAAAGCCAUUAGUUGUAAAAGCCGAACGGAUAUUACUUGGAGUUGAAAAACUAAAGAGACCUAUAAAAUUCCAUAAUAAAGCAUUUCGAUCAUUUAUUUGGAGUUGUGAAUUGAACCGAAAUACCAAGAUACCUAUGUUUGUUUCCAUUAGUUUUAGGACUAAAACAGCGACAUCUUUUAUGCCAGUUCAAGCACCUGCAAAACCCAAAGUGAAAAACGAUUUUGCAGUUUGUCAAAGAUAUUUUGGCAGAGUAGAUCCGUACAUUAUUAUUGAAAUGAUGGAACUAUAUAAAAUCUUGGGUGUUUCAAAAGCAAUAAUCUAUAUAACUAAUUUAUCCCCAGAAACCUCAAAAGUUCUCCAGCAUUACUCUCAGGAGGGUUUCAUGGAGCUUGUAGAUUUUCCAACACCGUUUGAAAGUUUUCCUCGCUUUCCACCAAUGCAUAAACCGAACCAUAUUAGGAUUUUACAGCCACAUUCAUAUAAUGAUUGCAUCUACAGAAAUAUGUACAAAUAUAAGUAUAUCUUAGUGACAGACCCGGAUGAGAUUAUAAUUCCACUACUUCAUCAAACGUUACCCGAUAUGAUGGCAGCCAUUAAACAAACUAAAGGGUUUGAAGAUUAUAGGACAUUCAUAUUCAGAAAUAUAUUCUUCUUUAGCCAUUUCCCACAGACAGAAUCUGAGUCCCCAAAAGUGACCACAUUGAGGUUCCAACGCCAUCUGGCGCCAGGUAACCCAUUCCCAGCAGUUCUUAAAGCAAUUGUGGAACCAAUGGCCUGUCUUGGAUUCCACGUUCAUCAUUGUUGGAAGAUAACUCCUUUAGCGCAGAAGGACAUGAUUAUGAGCAAAAAUGUGGGGUUGAGUUUUCACUACAGAAAGUGUCAUUUUGAACUGGAACAACAAGGCAAAUGUAAACAGUUUCUAGAUGAAAUGAUAAUUGACAACACGAUGACGAGGUUCAAAGACAGCCUUAUCCCAGCAAUUAAGAGACAAGUUAAAGCUUUGGGAAUGUCUCCAAUUGAUUAAAAUUUUAGAGGAAAUGGGUCAAGAUGCAUAAAUUAUAUUUACGUGAACGUGUACGUAAAUUUUAGAGGAAAUG